AAAAACUGCCUUCGUGUCAACUACUUUACCCUCAAAGCUGCGCAAGGAUUGCAGCUGUCAUCACAAUCAAAUACAGAGACGGAAAAACCACCAUGUGAAUAUGUAAUCACCGACUCCAAAUCCCAAUACCCUUCUUGUUCUUCUAUAAAGUACCAAUUCUUUGCCGUAAAAUUAUUUAUCGGCGCUUCUUAAUUUACUGGCUUGAACAAUGAAAAGACAGAGAAACAUUGCGGAUUCUGGGUCUUCGAGAGCUGCUGCCAAAUUGGAGGAUGAGAAGGUGAAGACUAUGACGAAGAAGAAGAAGAGCCAAAGCCAGGGAGUGGUUGAUAAAGUGGGGAAGGAGAGUCCAGUAAUGGCAGAGAGCUUGAGUCGGGUCGGGUGGGAGGAGUGGCCGUGGUUGAGUGGUUUUGUGGAUGAACAAAUGUCGUGGGGAUCGUCCUGGUUACCGAAUUGGGAUGUGGAGUUUGUGGACAGAGCUUAUAGUACCAUGUUCAGUGAUGUUGCUUGGGAUGAUGAUAUUUGGAACUUGAAGAAUGUCAAGGAAAUACCAAAUCAGUGAAACAGAGCAUGGAACGAAGAAAACAGAGUUUUUAGGAUCGUUUUUUUUUUUUUUCUUUUAAUUUUUUUCUAAGAGAUCGAUGAGGAAAUUAACUUGUUUAAGACUUUAGUUGUAUCGUUAACUCUCAUAAACUGGUGAAUGAUCAAACCAAUGUGCAGUUUGAAAGUCUCAGAGAGAUUACGAAAGCUGUUUGAUUUCCAAAUCUAAUAAUGGCAGAUUCAAAAAUCACAAACUUUAUUUCCA